CGCUCUUUUCUCAGGACGGUGGAGCCUGUGUAGCGUCGCUGUUACUCUGAGGAGAAGAUUGUCGGUAUUAGGGUGUAAAAAUGCAGAGCAAUAAAACUUUUAAUUUGGAGAAGCAGAACCAUACUUCCAGGAAGCAUCAUCAACAUCACCACCAGCAGCACCACCAGUCACAGCCGCAGCAGCAGCCGCAGCCGCAGCCACAGCCACAGCAGCAGGCACAGCAGCAGCCACAGCAGCAGCCGCCACCACCACCACCACCGAUACCUGCAAAUGGGCAACAGGCCAGCAGCCAAAAUGAAGGUUUGACUAUUGACCUGAAGAAUUUUAGGAAACCAGGAGAGAAGACCUUUACCCAACGUAGCCGUCUCUUUGUGGGGAAUCUUCCCCCGGAUAUCACUGAGGAGGAAAUGAGGAAACUAUUUGAAAAAUAUGGGAAAGCAGGAGAAGUUUUCAUUCAUAAGGAUAAAGGCUUUGGCUUUAUCCGCUUGGAAACACGAACCCUUGCGGAGAUUGCCAAAAUGGAGCUCGAUAAUAUGCCCCUCCGUGGAAAACAACUGCGUGUGCGCUUUGCCUGCCAUAGUGCAUCCCUUACAGUCCGAAACCUUCCUCAGUAUGUGUCCAAUGAGCUACUGGAAGAAGCCUUUUCUGUGUUUGGCCAGGUGGAAAGGGCUGUAGUUAUUGUGGAUGAUCGAGGAAGGCCCUCGGGAAAAGGCAUUGUUGAGUUCUCAGGGAAGCCAGCUGCACGGAAAGCUCUUGACAGAUGCAGUGAAGGAUCUUUCCUGCUAACCACAUUUCCUCGGCCUGUGACUGUGGAGCCUAUGGACCAGUUAGAUGAUGAAGAAGGACUUCCAGAAAAACUUGUUAUAAAGAACCAACAAUUUCACAAGGAGCGAGAGCAGCCACCUAGAUUUGCACAACCUGGCUCCUUUGAAUAUGAGUAUGCCAUGCGCUGGAAGGCACUUAUUGAGAUGGAGAAGCAGCAGCAGGAUCAAGUGGACCGCAAUAUCAAGGAAGCUCGUGAGAAGCUAGAGAUGGAGAUGGAGGCUGCUCGCCAUGAGCACCAGGUUAUGCUGAUGAGGCAAGAUUUGAUGAGACGCCAAGAAGAACUUCGGAGAAUGGAAGAGCUGCAUAACCAAGAGGUCCAAAAACGAAAGCAACUGGAGCUCAGGCAGGAAGAGGAGCAUAGGCGCCGUGAAGAGGAAAUGCGGAGGCAACAAGAAGAGAUGAUGCGGCGACAGCAGGAAGGAUUCAAGGGAACCUUCCCUGAUGCGAGAGAACAAGAGAUUCGGAUGGGCCAGAUGGCUAUGGGAGGUGCUAUGGGCAUAAACAACAGAGGCGCCAUGCCCCCUGCUCCUGUGCCGGCUGGUACCCCAGCUCCUCCAGGACCUGCUACUAUGAUGCCAGAUGGAACAUUGGGACUGACCCCACCAACAAGUGAACGCUUUGGCCAAGCUGCUACAAUGGAAGGAAUCGGGGCAAUUGGUGGAACCCCUCCUGCAUUCAACCGUGCAGCUCCUGGAGCUGAAUUUGCUCCAAACAAACGUCGCCGAUACUAAUAAAGUUGCAGUGUCUAGUUUCCUGAGACCCUUAAAAGAAGGAACCCUUUUGGACUAGCCAGAAUUCUAACUUGAAAAAGUGUUAGGGAUUCCUCCCAAUAGUUAGGUCUUCCCUGCCUGGUACUACUCUAAGGGAGUAUGCUGGAGGCAGAGGGCAAGGGAGGGGUGAUAUUUAACGAAUCAGUUCUGUGUGGUAUAUUGUUUAAUCAAUUUCUGUGUGAUGCAUUCCUGAAAUUUCAAAUAUAAUUAAUUGUUGAAGGCCUGGGGCAACCAUGACAAUGGUUCCUUGGAGUCCUGUUAAUCUUGAUCA